AUCUCUUUCUGAAAAGAGGACAAGGAGGAAGACGAAGCAACCUAUAGUACAACCAAUGCGUAAAUACGUAUUAAAUUUGGACAAAAAAAUGAAUACAAUACCGUUGAACAAAACGGUUAUUGUUCUCAAAGAAACUCGCAUGCAACUCUGUGCUUCGGUUACACGUAUGACGUUCCGGGACAUACACAAAACAAUGGAGGAGAGAGAAAAACAGAGGGCCAGAAAAUCAAAACCGCUCAUGCAAACACAACCCGACGAUCCCUAGUUAGAUCUCACGUACUGAACUGCAUACCAAAAUCCCAGGAAGAAAUCUGUACCUUCAUGCAUCGCUAUUCAUCUUCUUAAAUUUUAUGAUCAUUUUUGGCGAUUAUGGAUCGGUUUAGGGCAAGGUUUGAUAGACAAAAGAGCAUAGACAGCCCCCCUGAUCCUGUGUCUCCGGUGACCGUGUCACCAUUGCACCGUCAUGCUCGUUCUUCGUCGUCUGGAAUAUCUGCCUUUAAGAAGCCUCAGAAUGUGGCGACUAUGGCAGCGGCUCAACGACUUGCACAAGUGAUGGCUCAUUCGGGUGAUGAUGAAGAUGAAGAUGAGGAUGAUCUCUUGGUUGAUUAUCAGCCUGUUGGCUCGCUUGGUGGCCUUGGCCUUGCUGCUGGAAGGUCUGGUAGACCUCGAUCUCCAAAGUCACUUCGUACAGCUUCUACUGAGCAAGUUCCAUCACUAAGAACUCCAAUGGUUGCUCGUCCAUCGUUCUCUGCCAAGACCCAUGAACAUCCAUUACCAAGACCAACUUCAGCUGGUAGGCUGUCUCAGCCACCCAUUAACGCUCUGGAGUCAAAGCAGUCAUCAGCUCAUCUACCAUCAACAGUUAGAACACAUAGGACUUCCAUGGAUUCAAUGGACAUGGUGGAAGAACAUAAUUCCUUGAGUGGAAGGCCAUCUCUGUCUAUUAGAACUGAUGGAGAAGCUUCUGCUCAUUCCCCUAUGCCCUUGAACUCUGAGGAUGUCAACCUAUCUGACCGAUCACCUAUGGUCUUCAAUCCUUCUGAACAACCUCCAUCUGCGCGUUCUAUUUUGUCAGGUCGACCUUCAGGGAUUAAAACGAUUCCUACGAUGCCUCCUGCUGUUAAAAUAUCUACAAAGCAACAAAUUUCAUCGAGUCCAUUGGCUGGAAGCAGCAGCAAUAGGAGGUUGUCGCUGGACUUUGGAAGUAUGAUAUCAAGAGAACCAAAAGAAUCUAAUGAUCAGCUUUCUUCGACAGCCCUACACGAUGAGCUUGAUAUGCUCCAGGAGGAAAAUGACCGUCUUCUUGAUAAGCUCCGACUUGCAGAGGAACGGAUCCAAGAUUCUGAAGCAAGAGCUAAGCAACUUGAGAAACAGGUUGCUAAUCUCGGAGAGGGUGUGACUAUGGAAGCUCGACUUUUAAACAGAAAAGAGGCAGCCUUGCAGCAAAGGGAGGCUGCACUGAGAGUUGCUUCACAAAAAUAUGGUGGCAAAACUGGAGAUAUUGCAGCACUUAGGAUGGAAGCAGAGACUGCUAGGGAUGAGGCAAUUUCUGCGCUUGACCAACUCCAGGAGUCCGAGUCUGAAUUAAGAUCCCUUCGGUCUAUGGUUCACAGAUUGAUGUUGACUCAGGAAGAGAUGGAAGAGGUGGUUCUGAAGAGGUGUUGGCUUGCUCGAUAUUGGGGUUUAUGCGUCCGAUAUGGGAUUUAUCCAGAUAUCGCGGAAGCCAAACUUGAAUAUUGGUCAUCCUUUGCCCCACUACCUGUUGAAAUUGUUAUUGCUGCAGGACAGAAAGCAAAGGAAGACAAUCACUCAGCUAACACUGAUGAUAGAAGGGAAAAGACUAUCCGUGAUGCCAUUGAACUUUCAGGAGAGGGCAGCGCUGAGAGCAUGCUUAUAGUAGAGAGAGGUCUGAGGGAACUUUCUGUGCUUAAGGUGGAAGAUGCCAUCAGGGUCGCAAUGGCUCAACACAGACGGAGGAAUAUGCAGAAGCCUGCUUUUACAGAUGACUUGAGAUCUCCGAGUCAGAAAUUUUCAGAAGCUUUUGAUUUGAGCCAAGAGGAAUCUGAAGAAGUGCAGUUUAAGCAGGCAUGGCUGAUGUACUUUUGGAGAAGAGCGAGAAACCAUGGUUUGGAACCAGACAUAGUAGAUGAACGCCUGCGCUUUUGGAUUAACCAUAGUGCAAGAGGAAGUUCCUCGCAUGACGCAGUUGAUGUUGAACGAGGGCUUCUGGAGCUCCGGAAGUUAGGGUUGGAAAACCAGUUGUGGGAAGAAAGCCGGAGAUGGACUGAGCAAGACUCACAGACAAGAAGGCAAAUGGACUCCUGAGUUCUGAAUCUUUCUUUUUCGGGAUCACAUUAACAUAUAUUUUUACAAAUAUAGGUUGUGUGAAUUCCUAGCCUUUUAAAGCGAAUUGGCCGAGUUGAAAGCGUCAUAUAUCCUCCCCUUAUUUGGUCCUUUAGAAAAUGUCUUAUGAGUAUAAGCAACUUGUAUAAAAUGGUGUAAGAGGAUACGUAGGCAUAUACUUCGUAUAUAUAAGUGGUUUAAGUGCCUCGUUCAUAAGUAUUGAUUUUUCCUUGUCAUUGACUCACUGUUUUAGGAUGAUGAAAUUUGCCUAAAUUUUAUGGGAUCCUCCUUCCCCUAGUAUUUAGAGUAGUGAGAAUCCAAUAGAGACUUGAUACUUAGUGUUAA